GUCUGCUUGUCUGCUUGUCUCCUCGUCUACCGUCUCCAGUCUUGUCUCCAUAGGGCUUUUGUACGGUGUCUCGAGCCAUCCAUGAAGCCAUGCAUCCACCAUCCAAUCCCCCGGUUCACCAGUCUCCUUCCUGGCCGUUGAACAGAUGCAAUAGCCGAAAAAGGCUUCACACCUUAUCUGAGAAUUUUCAACACUAGUCGACACCCCCCCAAAUACCCUCUGACCGCGAGUGGCACACCAAUCAAUCAGUCGCUCCGACCUGUGGCUGUCGCCGUGCGCAAUGACAUGUUCUCCCCAAGGCCUGCCCACCACAGCACCCUAAUCAAGACCCAUCAACCUAUGGCCUGUCAUGUCGUUUAGUUGCUUCAAGAUUCGCUCAUUCUGCUUUGCUUUGUCUAUCCACUUCUCUUCAUCUUCUUCACCUACUUCUUCUUUCCUCUCUUUCGCCUCCGACCUUUUGGGCACCGCCCAGAUCUAGUCCCAGCUCUCGACCUCGCGCCCUCCGAGACCACUGGUCCAUGUACCCGUCGACCCUCUAUUCAAGAUCGUGACUCUACCGAUCGCCGUCCUCCAGCUGUAUUCGAUCGAUCAGACUACUCUUGCAGCCAGUCACCUUUGGUUCCAACGAGUCUGGCCAUCGCCACGUCUCCGCGGCUCCUGGGGCCGAGUGUUGAGCAAUACAUGCGUCACUUUGCCACGUGUAUGCCUUGGUUCAUAUCCCAGUCGCCCUCGCCAGCCCGCUUCAUUCAACACGCAACUCGCAAAUGACAUUAACAGCCACAUUGGUAAUGCAGGACGAUAGACGAGGAGACUCGUCCAGGAAACAGCCGCUGCGAUUACCCAUUAUUGCCCCCAAGGAUGACCAUUCGUCUUCGGCUAGCUCUAGCCGGAGUGGUCAUCUCGGCACCAUUGCGCCUACAGUCACCCCUAGAACCCGCCUCCCCCCACGGUCAAGAACCGGUUGUUGGACCUGUCGCACUCGCAAAGUAAAGUGUGAUGAAGGUCGACCUGUUUGUGGUCAAUGUACUCGACUUGGUCACAACUGCGAUUACAGUCCUCGCCUCGCCUUUCGCGAUGACACUCCCCGUGUUUUGGAGCGUAUGCAGGAGGUGACCAUUGUCACCAGCUCAAUAUGGGACUGUUAGUUUGCGCGCCGCUCUCUUCUCGCUUCCCCCGCUCGGACCCCGUGCACUGACUUUCUCUAUAGCAAACUCUCCCGCCAUGACCGAGACCAGCAACACGUCGACCACAGCCGUGGAUGAUCUUCCACCGUUUGCCUCACUUACCACCGACGAAGAACGUGAGAAAAAGGCCGAAAAGUCCAGCCCCGGAACUUACAAUGUCGUGGUCAACCAAGACAGCUUCCAGCACCUUCCUGAGUACGGCGACGACAGCGAAGUCAAGAAAGAAUUCCUUUCCCCUUUGCGUCGUGGCUCCGUCGCCACAUCGCUGAGCAGUGGUAUCGGUCGCGACCAGACCUCUGAAUCCGCCGCGGCCUCCACCGAUCCCAACAUUGUAGUCCUCCCGCGGUUUGAAGAUGUCGCUCGAAGGACCACCUUUGGCUCCACCGUUUCUCGCCCCCACCUGUCGCCCCUUCUCAAACAAAAUUCCUUCAAACUGGAAUCCUCGGAAGAGGCCGCCAUCACCGAGGAACCCGAGAAAAUGGACACUACACAGAGUACAAGCCAGGAAGCCAUCUACUCUCGACAAUUUCGCCAUGUUGUUUGGAAGCAACUAGUCCCUGCAGAGCUUGGUCAACUGGACGGCAUGCUGGGUUCAAGCGUCCACCUGCUCGAGGCCGCAGCUGCUACUUUUACUCCUUUAUUUCAUGCAAUGAUGGCUGUCUCUGCCCUCAGCUUGUCCUCCAACGAUGGGAAUGCUCGACUAGAUGCAUUGCAGCACUACCAACAAGCACUGCCAGCGUUGCAAAGCACUCUGAAGGGUCCCGAAGAUCUGUCCUCCGAUGGAGCCUUUCUCACCCAUUUCCUUCUUCUUGUUUACGAGAUUGCUGCGGCCGAAGCGGACGAUUCCAACCUCUGGUCACAACAUUUAUCCACUCUUCUCCGAAUUGUCUAUCUACGUCGCGAGCUGUUUGGAGGAGAACGAUUUCCUUAUAUUAUUUGGUGGAUCUUCAAAAUUGAUUUAGAUGCUCUGUUCAGUGGCGCAGGACGCGGCGAAUUUGUGAGCUCCAUGCUCAACAACGAUAUCAUCCCACCUCCGAGUUUUCAUCUGUACCCGCUGGGUCCUGAUGGCUCGAGCGUGGUGAUGGGCGAGGAGUUGGACACGCUGCCGACCAUUCUACAACUCGAUUACGAAGUGACUCUGCUCGCAGCACGGCUGGCACUGCUCUCGCAUGAAUUUCGCAACGACAAAAGCUUUAAUGUAUCGGAUCAACUGCAUCGGAAUCAGGCGACGAGAAUCAGACAAUCUCAAGUUUUUGAGGUGCAGGAGGCACUGCGACAGCUAUGGGCGGCACCGGCAGUCAUGAUACUUUCACAACGCCAGAAUUCGUUGCCGGAUCGAUCCAGGCAGCUAUACGAGCAUGCCGCAACGCUCUACCGAUCGUGCAUCAUCUAUUCGCAUUCGUCCAUGUGGCCAGGGCAACGACUUGAGACACCACCCGACUACGACACGGAGAUUGCAGUGGCAUCGAACCAAAUCAUCAACAUGGCUCGAAAAGCGCUGGGUGAAGAACGAUCAGACUGUCGCUACCUGGUCAUGCCCAUUUUCAUAGCGGGAUACGCCAGCGUCGACGGGCAUAACCGAAUGCACGCGUUGGAUUUGAUACGAUCAAUGGAAAACACCAGCAUUGGGCGAAACACGACAGCAACGCGAAAGUCCCUGGCCGCAGUCUACGAAAAGCAAAAUGAGCGAUUUAUGAAUACUGGACAGAGUUUGGACGUGGAUUAUAUGGAGGUAAUGAAGGAGAAGGGGUUGAUGGUGGUGAAUUUCGGCCUGUAGAGGAUGGAUUUGUGGAACGAUGAAUGUUUGAGCGUGAUCCUUGCGAUUCCAAGCAGCCUUGGACUGUGCAGAUGUUUCUGUAUGCUAUGCUUGCCUUUCCCCUUGCGAUACCCUUCUAAGUCGAGCAAUUUUCCUCUUUCAGUUUUGGUUGGUCUCUGGACAAGCAGAGGCGGCGUGGAAGGACAACUAAGGAAGGAUGGAUACUGAUCUAUUAUUCGGGGGCAAUUUCGUCCGCCUCGGAAGGUCGAUGGUCCAUGCGUUGGUCAACAAGGACCUUGCAUCUAUCUAUCUUGGCCAGGGCGAGCUCGUGCUCAAACACCACCGCUUGAUAAGGUGGGACCUCGGUUGCUGGCAUGGGACGGAGAUAUCAAGCCAACGCAUCAGCCGUUGGACACUGUACACUGACCAUCGUCCAAGCCAAGGUCGACGUGGACAGGCCUCUUUAUAGUGGAAAGACAAAUGCCACCACAAUCAGCCACUUUUGACGUACACAU